CGGCAAGCAGCGUGAAAUGAUUGAGAACGUCAAGAUUGGUGACACGUCAAAACCUUUUGUACGAUGGCCUGUCCUCGCAGACAUGUAUCUCUGGUCUAUACAAGCACCAUAAUAACUGGAGAUCGCCGCUGCACCCACAGUGCGCACAAUCAAAUCUACAUCCCGCGCCAUAUUCGACAAGGCCUGGGCUUGACCGUUACCCAUGUGGAUCACGGUUCGGAGUAAAGGAAACGUUUUGCCGCGCGAAGACCCUUCCGACGGCCACGGAUGAAAUCACGAGAGCAUUGUUUGCUGCAUCGGCGAUGGAGAUACACAGUGACUCGAAACCUCGUCGAGGCAAUACUUCUCUUCUAGAUGCCCAGAGGAAGCGGUGUGGCUUAAAAUGGCCGUUCUAAUCAUCAUGAUUAUCUACGUAUCGUAUCGAAGCCACGAUACAGAGCGAGAGCGCUGUGCCGCGGGCUCCAAUCAAUCAAGAUCAAGGAAGCCACGCGGCGCAGACACAGGAGCGGUGAUUGAUGUGUGUCGGAUGAGCCCUGCGACGACGAAGAUACAGCACUGCAGCCACUCGGUCCUCCCGAUUCGUCACGUAUACGCCGGGGUCUCGCUCGUCUCAAAGAUCCACGUGAUUGCUGCACCUAUGCGCUCUGCUCCCCACCAUCAAAUCAACGCCUUAUCGUGCAGCGAUACAUCUCAAAUGGAGCCUGACCGGUGGACUGGGGACCACGGGAGAAGCUCGCUGCGAUGGAGAGCUACUGUAGAAAGCGACCCAAGUACAGUACAGUACGUACAGGCAACGAACUACGAGCACGCUGUACUGCAUCGGGCGGUUGUAUUUUUGCUUUUGUUCCUCGUGCGGGUGGGAAAAGGUUGAAACGGUCUGGGUCGAUGGCGCUCACAUCAUCCAUGUGAGAUUUGGAUGGGUUUAGUCCUGAGAAGGGUUAGUGCUGAAUUGGCUGAGCCGCAAUCUGCGAGCGAGUUGCUAGUGUGCUCUGUGCUCCUGCCCUAUUGCCU